CGUCUAGCUAAGCAGCUGGGGAUUAUCUGUUUUGAGAUGGAAGCAGCGGGCCUCAUGAACCAGCUUCCAACUCUGGUUAUCCGAGGAAUAUGCGACUACUGUGAUUCCCAUAAGCAGAAACGGUGGCAAGCAUAUUCGGCCCUGAGUGCCGCUGCUUAUGCGAAGAAACUUUUAAAAGGGGUAUCUGUUUACACUAGGAGCAAAAGCAAUGACAAAAAACCUCCCGUGUUAAUCAUCGUUGCCUGGACGCCCUGCAAUAUGCCGACCCAUCUAUCGUCAAGAAUCAGUUGAAAGAAGACAAAGAUAGUUUGCUCCCCGAGGCUAUGAACUGGAUAUUUCAGAAUCCGGAUUAUUGCCUUUGGCAGAAUGAAGACAACGUGCGCCUCCUUUGGAUUAAAGGUGGAGCAGGCAAAGGGAAAACAAUGAUGUCAAUCGGACUCAUUGAUAAUUUUUUGGAAUAUGAUUCCUCUAUAACCACAUAUUUCUUCUGCAAGUUCACAGAUUACAAGCUUAACACCCUUAAAGCAAUCAUCACAAGUUUAAUCUGGCAACUAGUUCAAAAUCAAGCAGAGCUCUUGAACUCUCUUCUAAAUCAUUGGGACCCAGUGAAGUCACGCUACAAGGAGAGCUUCUCAUGGCGAGCACUGUGGAAUAUAUUUUUAGAGAUGCUAGACCAGUGUAGGCACCAAAAAGUUUACGUGGUUGUGGAUGCUCUUGAUGAGUGUGAAAAUGAUGGUAUGGCUGAGUUUCUGACGCUUAUUGUCCGGACGGGACUUGGUUACAGCAAUGUUAAAUGGCUGUUGACAAGCCGGCCGUUGAAUAGUGCUGAUGAGAGACUGCUCAAGACUACUCAACAACUUGGGGUUAGUUUUGAGCUUAACUCGGAUUACCUUAAGACAGCAAUCAAAGCAUAUGUUCAACAUAAGGUGAAUGAACUCUAUCCUCAUCACAAGCACGGGGUACAACGGCCACAAAGGGUGGAAUCUGAGCUUCUAAAUAAAGCCGAAGGGACAUUCCUGUGGGUCAGCCUAGUAUGUAAGAGGCUUGAGAGUGAGCGUAUUCCCGUGGAAAGGGCAUUGAAGACUAUUAAGCAUAUGCCGCCAGGCCUGCAACCUCUCUAUAAACGAGUGUUUAGCCAAGUCGUCUCUGGCGAUGCAGCUACUAUUAAGCGCUCCCUGCUGCUUCUUAAAGUGAUGGUGCUGGCUUAUCGGCCCCUAGCAAUGAAUGAGCUGGCCAAUGUUAUGGGAGCCUCCGAGGCCGAGGUAGGAUGUGAAUGGAUAGUGGAUCGAUGUGCGUCCUUCAUCAAAAUGCGAGGAAGUGUCGUUGAAUUCGUGCAUCAAUCGUCCCGAGACUUUUUGGCUCAACCAGAUCUACUCAGCUCUUAUGAUCGAUACAAAUAUGGUGAUAUAUUCAGCUUUUAUGAACAAUACGGGGAUGGUGAUGUCGCAUUAACUUGUCUAAACUCUAUGCGGGUAUCGACAAAGUUCAAUAAAAAUCUUAUUAGCUUGCCACUACCGAAUUCGACCAGAGAAGUGACAAUGGCGGAAAUGGGAACUUCUAAUGACAAGGAACCAAUAUUGAAUAGCAUGAAUUACGCCGCCGUAUUUUGGGCGGAGCAUCUCCAAGAAGCAAAGGACAACUGGCUUACACAACAUGCUCUUCGUAUGCAAAAGGAGGUCAGGAAAUUUCUACGUGAGAAGCUGUUAGAAUGGCUGGAAUGCCUAAGCCUGCUAGGCGAGUUGCCGCACGCCAUAAGGGCUUUUAAGGUAUUGGAGCGUAUUUGUGAAGGAGAUUACUUUCCAAACAACAGGCUUUGGAAGCGUAGAAGGCUUCUAUUACAGUCUUAUGUGCUCGAUGCUAAUCGUUUCCUCCUGCGCCACAAACAGACGAUAUCUGCAUGGCCCCUCCAGAUUUAUAGCUCUACAAUUGUCUUUAGCCCCAAAAAAAGUCAGGUCAGGUCAAAUGAUCGUCACAUGGAGAAGAUUGAUAAGUGGUUGAAACUAAUCCCACAUUUUGAAACGAAUUGGAAUUCUUCUUAUCAGACCCUGGAGGGUCAUACGAGCGACGUUGAGGAUGUGGCAUUCUCUUCAGAUGGCAAAUAUCUUGCUUCAGCAUCUCGUGAUCAAACAAUAAGGCUGUGGGAUACCGCAACAGGUAGUCUCCAAACAACACUUGAGGGCCAUCCAGGCUCAUGCUCAAUGAGUGUGAUAUUCUUCGGCAACCAUCUGGUUUCAGCAUCCCAUAACCGGACAAUACAUUUAUGGGAUAUGAAUCCAAAGAAUCCCCAGGAAAUGAAAUUUCAAAAGAUUAAACUCCCAAGCACUCCAUAUCCGGAACACCGAUUCAAGAGUAUGGCAUUCUCCGCGGAUGGCAAAUACCUUGCUACGAUAGGAUCCACAGGAUCCACAAUGGAAACAUCCGGAUUAUUAUGGCUAUGGAAUAUCAAUACAGAUGAUCUUCAAAAGUCUUGUCUUAAAACCACCCUACAUCCUAAGAUUCCUGGAGGAGCUCUGAAACUAGCUUUUUCUCCCGACAAUAAAUUUCUUGCCUUAGUAUCUCAGGAAUACGCAAUAUGGCUCUUGAACCUCGGCACAGAUUAUCUGCACAAAAUCAAUAUCCAAGAAAUCAAUCGAACAGACAAGAUUUUCAUUUGCCAGAGUUUGGAAUUCUCCCCAAAUGGCGAGUACCUCGCUGCGGCAUAUCAUAACAAGAUAGGACUAUGGAAUAUCAGUACAGGUGAUCCCCAAAAGACUCUAAUAGGUCAUAAAAAUUCAGUUGAACAUGUGACAUUCUCCUCAAAUGACAAAUACCUUGCUUCUACAUCCUGUGAUAAAAAAAUAAAGCUAUGGGAUGUCGGUACGGGUGAUCUCAAAAAGACCUUCGAAGGACUUCGUACAGCGAGAUUUUCUCCGGAUACGAAAUGCCUUGCUUCUGUAUCUGGUAAUUUCACAGUACGGCUGUGGGAUAUCGACCUAGACAAUCACCAAGAGAUCGCAGAGGACAGCUAUAUGCAUACUGAUUUGGUUACCAGUGUGAUAUUUUCCCCAGAUGGCAAAUAUUUUGCUUCCGCAUCCUCUGACUGCAGUGUAAAGUUAUGGGAUGCAAACAAUGGCAAUUUUCUAAGGACUUUGCAGGGCCAUACAACAAAAAUCCUUAAUGUGGCUUUCUCUCCAGAUGGCAAAUAUAUCGCUUCAGCAUCUUAUGAUGGGACAGUACAGCUGUGGUGUGUAGAUGGAGGUAUUCUUAAAGCAACCUCGACAGACCAUACAUCAGCAGUUGAGGAUGUGAUAUUUUCUCCAGAUUCCAAAUGCCUUGCUUCAACAUCUCAUGAUUGCACAAUACAGCUAUGGACAAUUGAAAGUGGACAAAAAAGGACUCUAAGGGGUCAUGGGCAUACAGUCUCGAGCGCAGCAUUUUCUUUAAAUGGCAAGUACAUUGCCUCUGCAUCCCAGGAUUUUACUAUAAAAUUAUGGGAUGCAAACACAGGCAACCAUCUAAAGACUCUAAGAGCCCAUAACAACAUAGUCUUAAGCGUUGCAUUCUCGUCAGACAGCAAAUGUAUUGCUUCAUCAGGCUGUGACAAGACUAUCAGGCUGUGGGAUGUUAAUGCCUGCUUACAGUCUACAGGGCUACUUGAAAGCAACUUCUACGAAUGGCAUCGCUAUUUCAGAACUUCAGAAAAGUCCGACAAUGUCAAGAAAAUGAAAUUUUCUGUAGGUGAUGAAUUUAUCCAGACAAAUCUCAGCCCUUUUCAAGUCAAUGGCACAGGCUACAAUUGUGGUCUUUACCUGAGAAAUGGUUGGAUAUGGUAUGGAUUGGUAUCAGUGCUUCGGAUACCGCCAGAUUUAGAGACAUCGUGUUAUGAUGUCCAAGGUAAUCGUCUUAUAAUUGGUUCCGAGAAAGGUUUAGUACUGUUUUUUGAGUUUGAUCGUGAGAAAUUGGACCAAUUAUCCGAACUCCGUUAUGGCAGAUAACAUUUUUGGGUUUUUCAUUUGGCUUUUUCGUUACUAUAGUUUUUAUUCCCUACAAGUGUAUCGAAAAUGAUUUACAUAUAUAGUAUUUUAGAGUUAUUUUUUCCUCGAAAAAUGGUCAAGUCAAGGAAGACGGACAUAUUGAUAUA